CGUCGCGGCGCGCGUCCCGUUCGCCUGUGCGCGUACACUCGGCGUCCUACGUACACUUAUCAAAUUUCAAUAAGAAAAUUUGAUAUUGUCGUCGAAUAUUGUGAAGUGUUGUUGACAAGUUCGCGAGUUGACCGGUAAAUCGUUCAAGUUCCUUUGCGUUUUGUUUUUUUUUUAGUUUUAGUUUCGUUAAUUGCUCGUUUUUAUUUCUGUUCGGCCUGUUGUGUAUUGUUUCGCUGUGUGAUAACUCUGUUUCUUUAAGCAACGAAAAUGUAGAUAGGUGAAAAGUAGGGCGCGUCUACUUUUAAUAAAAAGUACGAUGUCUAUUGACCAGGCGUCGCCACUGGUGCCGAUCAAGCCUCAAGUCGCUCUGCAGAACAGCUCGUUUAUAAAGAACAGCCACAACAGAAGCAGUUUCUGUGGCGUGAGUCCUUCGCCGAACGGCAAUGGAACGUUGAAGACAUUCGCAGUGAACCGCAAGAGUUGGAGCGGGAAUGUAACGAUACCGCUACAACAGUUCACUCCAGACAUCGAAAGUAAGCCACAAUUCGCGACUUUCCGUUCCGGGACCGGGACAUUCCCUCGGAACAGAGAGCGGAACAACAACGGCGCGUCUGUUGGUAUAUUAACCCCGAACGGAAACUCGACCCAUACGUUAAGAGGAAGCGAAGUGAGGAGGAGCGGAUGCUUAAACGGCCGUCGCUAUGCCGAAAUCGGAAACUGGAGUAAAAGAAAUGCGACUUUCCUCGAGCCGCACUUGCAAGGCAUAAGACGCCGCGAUAGCCGAAGCUCCGAUUCGGAGCACGAUGAGCGGUCGACGGAGGACGACGAGCGGUCGCUCCUGCGCAGCUCCCCGCGCACCCGCUUGCCCCCUGCGCCACCGCCGCCACCGCCGCCCGACGACGAACCUCCGCCGAUGAAGCCCAGAGACUACUUUGAACGGCUGCACAGCCAAGCUAUGAGAGAGGCGCAGGACAGGAAGCCCAGACGAGAAACGAAAGACGCUCUAUUCAGGGCGGCUGACGCGGACGGCAGCGUGGGCGACAGUCUCAGUCAGAGUCGAGAGAGCCUGUCGUCGGAUGGUGAAGGCGCUCGAGGCGACUGCUCUUCGGUGGGCUCCUCAGGAUCGGGUUCUGAGGAGCAGCCGCCAUGCGACAUCGGCCUGCUGGAGCGACUCAUCAGAACGCAUCCCGUCUGGUUCCUGCCCGGGAUACAGAGGGCUGGGGCGUUUCAUUUACUGCAGGGGAAAGAGGAAGGGAACUUCGUAGUCCGGCAAUCGAGUCAGCCGGACACGAUGGCGAUCAGCGUGCGCCUGCCGGCGGACAAGGGUCCGUACAUUGAGCACUACCUGAUCCAGGCGUCCGGCGGCCGCAUCGGCCUCGAGACCUCGCACAAUCGCUUCGACAACAUACCUGAACUUAUUGCACACUACUCGCAAUGCUGUGACGAAUUACCAGUUCAGCUACAGUUACCGCGCGCACUCCGUGAGGCUAAAAGUCGUCACCAGCUGAGUUCCCUAACGCUACUGGGCCAGGAAUUCUGGGGGUAUCCAAUGGCCAAUCCUAAAAACAACCCACAGAAUGUGCUGUCGCCAUGCCAACUGGCAAAUGGCGUCAUACCGAUGGCUGUCACUCCGUCAGAUACCGGAUCUAGUCUGAGCAGUUUUAAUGCAAUUGAUGCGUCCGAGUCUCCGCCGUGCCAAAGCCAAAGCCUCAGCACAUUCAAGGGCCGGAGCGCGCCCUCGCCUCCCGCCAAACCUAGCGGGACCUUCGUCCGUGCUCCGAGGCCCACGCCGCCAAAUACGCUAAAUCUUCUCUCAAGUACAGCUCAUAUCACACAACCACACACAUUUCCUACGACAAACGCUCAUUCACCAACGCAGACUAACAGUGCAAAAACAACGCCCCCACCGCCUCCACCUAGAUGGGCUAAGCCACCUUUUACAAAGAUGUCUUUAUCGCCAAAGUCAGAGACACAUUUGUUCAAUCCAAUCAAUAAGGCGGCACAAAACGGAAACGUAACUGUAACUUCCACGAACAACAUACACAUACAGAGUAACCACAUGGUAGAGAGAACACACGAUCGAUCGCAACUAACGCUUACGUCUAACGCCGCCAGCAUUAAUAGCAACGGUGCUGGAGCCAAUGCGGAUGUUGUCAAAAGCUUGUUCGAAUGUAACGGGGACACGCAGAAUAUGACGCAACGUCAGUCACCAGAAGGGGAAUGUGUCAGAGCCGUUACGACCUCCUUACACGGCAGCUUUAAAAGCCAGAAAGUUGAACAAAACAUUGAAUCGGGAUCACCGAUAGAACCACAAUCUCAAACAAAUACUUCUGAAUCAGUAGAUCCGAUCGUAAAUUCUUUAUCUAAAUCCAAUAGUUUUGAUCCAAACCAAUUAGUUUCGCCAAAUGGCACGAACUCUGUCACCAGUGGAAUCUUUUCCCCAACGAGUCAAAUCAAUUCACCUGUAUCUAAUGAUACAAUAUCGUCUAAAAGUGGUGUUUUCUCUCCAUCGAGUCAGACUAAUAAAAGUGACAUAUUUUCACCAGUAUCCAGAAGUUCGCCUAUUUCUAAUAAGAAUGUAUUCUCGCCUACUUCGAACCAAAAUAUUAUAUCCCCAGUCAUAGGCAAAGUUCUAUCUCCCAACACGAAUACAACGAGUACAACGCCAUCUGGCAGAUCCCGAAGAAGCAAACAUUCCCUACGAAAGGAAUCCAGACAUUACCAGGAAUCAGAUAUACUUGAAUCACCGGGCAUAUAUUACAGAAGUUCUUUGAUGGACAAAGUUAGUGAUUACGAAGAUAUUUGGGGUCCGGAGGGUAAUAAUUGUACCACAUUCAAACCAUUGAAAUCCGAGAUUGAUAGUAAUUUAAAUAAUGGACUUAUGAAAAGCAAAAGACCCGAUCUACUUCCCGACACACUGCCAAAACUAAAUGCAGCAAAAAGUACACAGUCAAUCUUAGAAAAGGAAAAUAUACAUCUUAUAAAUUCAACCGAAAGUCUAAUCGAAAAGAAAAAUCUUUCUGAUAAUUCGCUUAAGAAAAGUUUCAACGGCUCUUGUGAAAUAAUAGCAACGACCAAUAGUAAAGGAGAGAUUGUAGCGAAAAGACCUGACAAACUGAACAUUACUUCGAAUAUGAAUAAGAAAUUGAAUGAAGAAAUUGAAGCAGCUUUGAAAAGUAGAGAGAAUUAUAGGACUGAGAGUAUGGAGACUGUUAAACUAGAGGAUGACACUAAGGAACCUAUUUCUGAAGAUACAGAUAAAGACAAUGCUGGUAGUCCAUUUUACGCGGAUCCUGUAGACGCUUUGAAAGAGGCUGCACUUCCACAAGUGCAAAGAAGAAAACUAUUGCGAGUGGGCAUGAACUUGUCACAGCGGUACUCGGAGCCGCCGACCCAAAACCACCCGUACUAUCCACUCAGAGACAUGCAUAGUAUUGAAGAACUGUCACCCUCGUCUCCAAAUACGUCAACAUCUGUGGAUAACCUGGUAUCUUUGCGCACGAAGCCCAAGAUGCGACCUGUGGAGCCCCCGCGCGUCAAUAAGCCCCCGGGCAAGGCCGACCAGCCCUGGACUGUGGACUCCAGCUGGCAGUUUAUAAAUAAGAAUGAAGAUGGAGGCACGGGAGGUACGGGUAGCGUUGGUGAGAGCGGCACAUUCCCUUCGCUGGCGGAGCAGGAGCGGCUGGGGGCUGACGACGCACUGCGUCUGACUGUGCACCAAGUCGUCGCGCACAAGUUUCCCGAGUUGAAAUUGAACGCGGAGCCGGUGGCGUUGCCGGAGGAGCCGCGCUCACCGCCGCGCGCCUCCUGCUACGACAACGUGCACGACCUCAGGCCCCUCUCUGAACAGGCAAGUGACGAUGGUACGGUGUUCUCGGAGCCGUGGGACAGCUCGCAGUGGGAUGGCCUCAUUCCGCCCUGCAAUGGAAACCAAGCUUAUGAAACUGAUGAGGCGUGCGAGUGGGAGUCGCCGGUGCCAAGGCGUGCGCCUGCGCUAGCCGCGCGCUCUAAGAGUUUCAGAGAUCGUCUAGAUCCCCUACUAGCAGCGGCGGGGCGAGUGCGAGCAUUGCGAGGGGGCCGGGGUGCGAGGGGCGUUGGCGCGGCGCUGCGGGCGUACGCGCUGCACCUUGCACAGGACAAGAGCACCACGUUUGCACAGAACGUCGACAACUUCAUAGCUUGCACGCUCGAUUCCAAGGAGACUUGCCCACAAGUGAUGAUGCGAAAUAUGAGACAGUUCAUGUCCGGUAUGAAGAACUAUCUUGUCAAGCACGGAGAAAGAGAAUUUGAAAAGGAGGUGGAGAAAGAAAGACUUAAGCUAAAACCGACGGAAUUCCUGAAUCUGGACGCGAUCCUGGAGGGCGUGAUGCACCGGCUGGUAGUGCGGCCGCUGCGGGGCAAGCUGUACGCGCUGCUGGCCGCCUGGCACGCGCCCGACCUGCGCCGGCUGCACGCCGCCAUCGAGCGCGCGCAGCACGCCACGCCGCUGCAACUCGGGGUUAAGGAAUCUACAAAAGUGCCCUCGGCCGCGGUGCUGGCGGUUAUCUCGAAGCAUUUCCUCAAAAUGCAGGAGGCUGACUCUCCGCUCGACAAACUGGAAAACCUCCUGGCCGCUAUAUCUGUUAUGUUUAACGCGAUGCGCGGCGAGAGGGCGCUGGGUGCAGACGACCUGCUGCCGGUGCUGGCGUGGGCGGUGGCGCGCUGUCGGCUGGUGUGCGGCGAGCUGGAGGCCGAGCUGAUGGCUGGUCUGCUGCCGCCCGCGCUGCUCGCCGGGGAGGGCGGCUACUACCUAACCGCGCUCUUCUCCGCGCUCGCAGUGCUCAAGCGCCUCGCGCCCGAACAGCCCGCUGACACCUCCGCACCCUGCCGGCGGGGCUCGGGGUCUGGUUGCGGCAGUGGGCGCGGGGCGGCGGUGGUGCGCGUGGCGCUGCCGGAUGAGUGCCGCGGUUCCAUCCGGCGCGUGGCGCUACCGUGCCGGCCCGGCGCGCGCGCUCGCGACCUCUGCCGCGCGCUCGCGCACGCCGCCGCCAUCACCAACCCUCAGGACUACGCGCUCUUCGCACUGCACGACGGACAGGAAACAAUGUUGAAUGAAAACGACUGCCCGCAAGAGGUGAUGUCAGAGAAGAGCGGUCAGAACUUCAUCCUAGCCUACAAGAGGAUAGAUGCCAAGAUCGCGUGGCCGCAGCAGGCGUUGCUCUCCUACCCGUAGGCGCAUAGGCCCGUAGGCCCAUCGCCUCAGAAAUCUCCUAGCCUUAUCUCAAACAACGUACAAUCUCUUAACUUUAUAUUCAUAAUAAAAUCAAAAAUCAUUAACGUUCUUAUGAUGAUAAAGUUGUCAAAAUAUGCUCAUUACCAAUUAGUAACGGACUUUGAAAACUAUAUUUUUGUCAUCUUAAUAAAGUGAUAUUUUACUACGAUAUUAGCCGACCGAUUUUCAUACGUUAACUUUUCUUAAAGUAAACUUAGCUUACCUUAUAUCUAUAAGUACAUUGCAAUUAGACAGUAUUUUUAAAAACCCCGCUGUUGUUAUUCGAGCUCCUUGCGUAACUUUUUAAUAACGUAGCUUUUUUACCCUGAUAGUGUGUAAGUGACCUUUUUAUAUUACAUUUGACUGAGAGAUUUUGCAUUUUCUCGAUCGAAAAAAAUCUUUUGUAAAUUAUUUUUUUUUUUCUUUUAUUUCUUAGAGUAUUUGCGUGACCGUUUUGAACAAUCUUUUCUAUUUUAAAACUAAAUAUUUAGGAGCUGUAGAACCUUUAAAAGGUAAUUACCAGGAGUACGUAGGUAUUUGUAUGUUCCUAAAAUUCGAAAUGUACCCUGAACCAACUCACCAAAUUGUUGUUUUUAAUUUAAAGUAUAUAAUUUUAAGUAUUGUCUAAAGUUUUUUUAAGUUAUAUUUCUUUCUCUUUUAAUUAUAAUAAUUUUAAUCUGUAUUCUAAUUAACGCUAACUUGUUUAUUGAACUGUGAUGUAAUUCGUAUUAGUAUCGUAAGUUUUGUAUUAAUUUUGUAUAUUCGUAGAGACGAUUCUUAAUAUAAUUUAUUUAAAAAUUUUAAUUAAGGUAAAUGUAUUUGACAGUACAGUCUGAUGAAUAAAUUUUGCCUUACGUCAUAACGCUUUUCUAAUAUAAAUGUAGCGUUUUUGUAGAAAUUUAUUCAUCAAAACAUAAACAGAUAUAUCAGUCUUACCUGCUGCUCUUAAACUACGCAUGUAUGUGUUUGGUGCAUUACUUUUCAUUAUUCACAAAAAAAAAUUGUCACUACUAAAAUAAAACAAAACAGAUCUGUCAUCUCUCUUUUUCUAUCUGGAAAAAGUGAGACAGUAUGUUUUGUAAUAAUGCAUCUUUAUUAUAUAUAUUUAAUUUAAAUAAAACUUUCCUUAAUAAAAGGACUGUUAAAUACAAAAAACAGAUAUUAAAAUACGAUUGAAACAUGCUGCGAUUCGUACCCUAAUUAUUUAACACAAGACAAUUGUAUUUAUGCAUAUAAAGCCAGCUACACACAUUCAGUUUUAACUAUACAAACGAACUAUGCAGUUAAAACUGAAAGUGCGUAGAAAAAAACUGAGCACUGUACUAAAAUAAGGUGCGUAGCUGGCUUUAUAGUCUGUUUUAGCUUUUCUAUUCUGUCUACAUUCCUAAAUACUUGAAAUGAUUAUUUUGGCAAUGUUACAUAUCGAUAAAUGAUUUUGUAAUUUCUAAAUUAUCUACUUUUACAAAUUGUAAAACUAGUUAUCUUUUACGAAGUAGGUCGGACUGAUUUUCUGAAUAUGUAUUUUGUAGAUACAGUGCCACCAUACAUUUUUAUGAAGUUUGAAGAUUUAUCUUAUAUAUAAAA